CUCUGAAGCUGCUCUGAUCAACCUACAACCUCACAAUUCUACCUUCCACCCUACAUUUCCGUCUCAUUCUCUCUUCUCUGCCCUUAUUAGAUACGCCUGUCUAAUACUCAAACCCUCUAAUACCCGACAAGUCUACUCGCGGAGCCUUUUCCUCUUCACCCAACAGGAUGGUCGGUCACGGUCUCACGGGGAUGCUCGGGGAAGAUGGCAUUCAUAUCGAUAUGAAUCAUCUGAAGAGUGGAGAGGUCAACCUAGGAACAUCAAUCAUGGCGAUAAACUUCAAGGACGGUGUUAUACUGGGCGCGGACAGUCGGACAACGACCGGAGCUUACAUUGCCAACCGAGUCACCGAUAAGCUCACACAAGUCCAUGAUACCAUCUGGUGUUGCCGAUCCGGUUCGGCCGCUGAUACACAGGCCGUGGCGGACAUUGUUUCGUACCAUCUCAACAUGUACGCCAUUGUCAACAAUGAGGCCCCGAGCACUCAGGUUGCUGCGUCGCUGUUCCAGGAGCUAUGUUAUGAAAACAAGGACAUGCUAAGUGCCGGAAUUAUCAUUGCGGGCUACGAUCCCCGGCAUGGCGGCCAAGUGUAUUCGAUACCUCUGGGCGGAUCACUACACAAGCAAUCAUAUUCGAUUGGCGGGUCUGGUUCGACUUACAUCUACGGUUACUGUGACGCGAACUGGAAGGAGAACAUGACGGAAGAAGAGGGUAUCAACUUUGUUCGAAGUGCACUGCAGGAGGCAAUCAAAUGGGAUGGCAGCUCUGGCGGCGUGAUCAGGAUGGUAGUCUUGACAAACAAAGGAGCGCAACGACACCUGUAUCUGCCAGACACUGGCUACACUGCACCCGGUAACACCAACUAGUUAGUUUCCCACGAUUGGUAAUGAUUACAUCUCCAUGCUAGCUAUCAAUUGAAAGCCUUCCUCUGUUUGCUUCUCCCUUGCAUUGAAAACUUUCGCUUCUUCAGCAUAUUUAGCUCUGUAGCUCCGUGAUGCAUCGAGGGUUCGGCCUCAAAAUGCAUGGCGAU